AUGACUGGAAGCCACUCUGACAAGCGUGAUGAACCUACGAGGGAUGAUCUUAGAUAUCUGGACACACGCCCUUAUUUAGAUCGUACCGUCGUGCCUGUCCUCAUGGAGGGAUUGGCUGCCAUUGCCAAAGAGAGACCGCCAAAUCCUAUCGAGGCUCUCGGCCAUUACCUUCUCCAACGUGCCCAUACCAGCGAAAACUGA